UGCCCGGCAUUUUCGAAAUUUCUUCUUUAAUUUUUCUGUUGAUUUAUGUCUAAUAACUCAUUUAUCCUGUUUUGAUUGCUGUCGAAAAUGAUGCAUAGGCGAUGUUGAACAAAAUUUCUUGGUGAAACAGUUGUCUUUUUUGAUAAACGCGUCACAAUAACGUAAAGAAACCAGCAAAUUAAUACAAGUUUGACUCAAGUUUUAACACUCAGACAGAUGAAAAAUUUGAAGAAUGAAUUCCACAACUAUUGAAGACUUAUCAGGGCACUUCCAAGCCAAGAUUCAGCACAUUCACACCCUGCUUCAGCUUCGGAAUGUAACAAAAGAGAAGGACCUCUGCGAGUUGCUGUCAGCUGUCAAUCAUUCUGUGUAUGAUCUGGAGGCCACUGUCACAAGAAUGAAACUGAUACUGACCAGUGAAAGAGAAAAACUAAGGGAAUUUGAGGCUAUGAAAAAGAGUCUGCUUGAUUUGAAUGCCAGAGCCACUUACACAAAUGACAACAUCCCAGCACGACUUCCAAAGGCUCAAAAAGUAUCAAGUGUCCAGCCUGCCAGCGCUCCGACUCAUAGUAUCACUCCAUUGCAACCAAAACAGAUCCAGUCGUCUGCUCCAAGUAAUCAUACCUGUAGGCCUACCUCAGUCUCUCAAGCUGCUGUGCCCAAACAGGAGGAAACUGGCCCAUCCAUUGAAUAUUUGACUGUUGAUGAAUUUGAAAGUGUACCAAAGUACAUGAAAGGCAGAAUGACCUAUGAGAAAAUGAACAGUGCUAUAGAUGAACUUAAUCACGCGUUUGAUGCAAAAUACAAAAUCUUACGCCAGCGGAGAUCGUAUUUGUCUGAAAAACAGAAGCAGAAAGCAAGAGAUUAUAAGGCACAAGAAAAUAAGGAUACGAAAGGUUUGCAUUUUAUAGUGGAAGAUGAUAUAAAGAACGACAGCGGGUUGAAGCUAGAUAAAGCCAGCAAAACGCUGUUUACGAUUCUGCGCCACUGCCAGAGAUUCCGAGAAGUGAGGAGCGGAAAGCUUUUGAGAUAUGUGCUGUGUGAAUAUUCAUAUUGACAAUAACAAAACUUGGCUGGAUCAUUUUGAAAUUUGUCACAGGAUGGUGCUUGGUGCCUUUAAGUAGGCUUUUGGGGUUUAUUGAAAAUGACGAGAGAUUCCAAUAUUGCCCAAUUUGCAAGAUCGACCAAAAUUCUCAGAUAAAGCAGUGAUAUUCAGUGUUAAGUCUUUUAGGAAUACACCACAAAAAUGAAAGGGUUUUUGAAGUUGUAAAGCUAAAAUAUCCUGUUAGUAAAUAAUGCUCUGAACUGGGCAAAUAUAACUGUGUUGAGCUUUCUAUAACGUUGUAUUUCUUGGUUUCCUAAUGUCUGGAGAACGUUUUGCUGUCUUGAUGGUAUGCUCAUUGUCAUUGCUAUUUUAUAUCU